GCGGUUUCCACUGUGGAACACACAACGUCACCAUUUCCAUGAGUUGGGGAGCUCCUCCAGUCAUCGACCCAGUAGGACGGGUGUUUCCUAACAACACGGUGACAACAUCAGUCCUCUCACUCAUCCUUCCUGUGACAUCAUCACAAAGCAACAUGACCUUUAACCUCUCUAACCCCGCCCCCGGAGACUGGUACCUGGCGGCUCACCUGCCCCAAGAUGAUGGACGCAUCGAACACAAGGGCUUCCCGUCCUGCUCCUACUACUUCCAGCCCCAGCUGUCAGUCAGGAGAGCAGUGGACACACCCAUCCUGCAGGCCACGCCUAACUCCAGACCGCCUCCCCCGGCAGACCUGCACUACUCAAGUAAGGAGCUAACCAAGCUACUCUCUCUCUCUCUCUCUCUCUCUCUCUCUGUCAGGGUGUUUGUUCCAGAGUUCAUGUCGUCCCUCUCGGUGUCUGUGAGUGGCUGUACCUGGGGGGAGGGGCUUUUGAACGGAGACUGUUCAUUGGUCCUCACACUGGGCUCCUCUUCCCCCCAGGGGGGGCUUGUGAGGGUGAACUGUUCUCUUAUUGGCUGCUCUGCCGUUCUCCUCGCUCCCCCAUGGAAUACUUGGAUACGCGUCACCGUGGAUAGUUACCAUAGCAACCGAACCACAGCCUUCAUCAUCUCAGCCAACUACACAGUGGGUUGUAAGCCUCAGAGCGUGGGUCUGUCUGGAGACGAUUAUAUUAACAGGCUCCGUGGCAACAGCAGCACGACAACAUCACCGGGCAACAGUUCUGUGGUUGUCGAGGCAGGUCUCCAUAACAACGUGUCGUUGGAGUGUGUGUGGAGUGUUCCGGUGCUCCGUGAGGAACUAGACGUUCUGUCUGUCCGGUUCUCUCCCGUUAAUGGACCCAGCGUAACGGUUACCCACACCUACCCCACGCUCCUCACCUACCCCCUAAACACACAAUCUACUGGAGGUACCCUCAACCUGGAGAUUACACUCAACACUACUAAUGUAACAUCAGGAAACAGCAGUGUGUUGGCCUGUCUCUCUUCCUGGGUUCCUGUCCUCACACUCAACCACUCACAGCUCUGUCACACAGCGUUGUACUCAGCGUAUGGGUUGAGUGUGAACGUCAGUGUUCCCCGGACCGUCAUCAGACUUCCCUUCCCUCAGGCUGCGACCUGGUACCUCACCUUACAAGUCUUCUGCAACAGUAGUGACUGUGGUAAUAUAACAGUAACACCACAGCUCCACGUAUCAGCCUGUAUCGAGGACUGUGGGACCUAUGGAGAGUGUCGACUGCUGAGGUCAUACAGCUAUCUCUACGCUGCCUGUGUCUGCAAAGCUGGUUGGAGUGGGUGGGGCUGUACUGAUGACAUCACAGCCCAGUCGUACGGUCGUCAGCUGACAGCAGUUCUACUGCUCACGCUCAGUAACCUCCUCUUCAUCCCCCCCAUCAUCAUCGCUGUCCGACGCUGUUACAUCACUGAGGCCUCAGUCUACCUCUUCACCAUGUUCUUCUCUACUUUCUACCAUGCAUGUGACCAGCCUGGUUUAACAGCGAUGUGUAUCAUGGACUAUGACACUCUCCAGUACUGUGACUUCCUGGGUUCAGUGUGUUCGAUCUGGGUCACUGUUCUCUGCAUGGCCCGCGUCAGAGACACAGUCAAACACAUGUUGUUUAUGCUAGGGACUCUGCUGAUAGCAAUGUCCAUGCAGCUGGACCGGAGAGGACUGUGGAACAUGCUGGGACCCAUCCUCUGUGCUGUACUGGCCAUGGUGACCUCCUGGGUAACUAUACAGACAUAUAUCCAUGGUGAC